AUGGCGGAAGAACCCAUGGGUUCUCCCUCUGUGUCAAGCAUUGAGGAUAUCUCAGAAUCUGUGAUGGACUCAACCUUGCCCGGGUAUACAGCCGAGGCUGCAGGAGUGGGAGCUCCGUACACCCGGGGAGACUCGAUCGAUCCGUCACACUCCAGCGGCCGUGGCUCAGCUGAAGCAGCGGAAGAUGAUGAGAUUCGAAUGAUUAAUGAGUACCCACGUGUCAGCAGCCUGAGCUCCUCCAUGCAGGAGCAUGUGUCAACACGUGGCCCAGACUCAGGAAUCCAGCAGGACGCUGACCAAAUGUCAGAUAUUUCCACUGACCCAGGCAUGGAGUGGUUUAAACACAAGAAAAGCAGUGGCCUUUUGUUGCCAGGGCAACAGCAGCUGUACCGGGAGGAUGGUGCUGGUGGGUAUAUGGGGGCAGGACUGGGCCUGGGUGUGUGUCACGCCAAGGACUAUGUCUUUGCUGAAGAUGGCCGCCCAUCAGCACAAGGUUCACUGACUGCCAUCGUCGCCAGUGAGGAGGAACUGCGAGGCAGCUACAACUGGGACUAUCUCCUGAACUGGAGCCCGCAGUUCCAGCCCUUGGCCAGUGUCUUCACUGAGAUUGCCCGGCUCAAGGACGAGAAUGCCCCUCGCAAAAACUUCCAAUCCAAACCCAAAGUGGACCCCAAACCUCGCAUUGACCCUCCCCCACUCAUCACCUCUGUGGCCCACCCCAAUGCCAUGUCUGUCCCUCCCCGAAUGGCAGUGAACCGGAGCCACAGUCACAUGACCGCAUUGCCACGCUCACCCAUCACUAGUGAUGCCUCAAUGACAUCAGCAGCCAUGUCACCCAGCUUCUCCCCUUCACUGUCUCCAUUGGCCGCUCGCUCUCCAGCUGUAUCCCCAUUCGAUGUUUCCCAAGGACCCUCAGCCUCCAUCAUCAGUACCGAGCAUUCCUUAGACAAUCCAGAGGAUGUGGAGCUGCGGAUAUAGAUCCCAGUUAACACAGCAGCCAUGCUCCUCAUUCAGUCACUCCUACUGCCACAAACUGCCGAUGCCAAACCACAGAUAUCACUGGAAAUACCAGACCGUGUAACAUUGUUCAAAGUAAUAGAGAGACAGAGACAGGGAGAGAGAGGGAUAGAGACAGAGAGGGAGGGAGAGAGAGGGUGGUGGCACUCUCAAAUCAAAUACCAAAUAUUUCACUUUUAUUGGGUUCACAACCACAACGACACCUAAUUCCUUCAUUAAUUCAUUACACAGAAGUUCAGAAACGAACUGAUUCUGAACCACAUGGAGCAAGAGGAUUUUAGAGAUUUGGAGCAGUGGGACCUAAUCAAAAGAUGGGGAUAAAAUAAAUUAAACUUUACUCUGUAUAUAACUCUUUGCCAUCCCUCCUGGAAGUGUUUGAUGGGGACAGUGCAGACCAUAACAUCAUAAGAUGUAAGAGCACAAUUAGACCAUUCAGCCCAUCGAGUCUGCUCCAUCAUUUGGCUGAAAUGUUUCUCAUCCCCGUUCUCCUGCC